CCCUGACGAACAAUCGCCGACUCGUGGAGCUCGUACCCCAGCAAGAGAACAACGCAAUCGACCAUUGGCUCUCGAGACGAUUCACGCUUCUGGUACUUCUUAUCCGCCCUCUGUUGAUCGACAGUUGUCACUUUGAUCGCCGGACUUGUACUGCCUCAUUGUUCCUUUUCGACAAGACCGUCUACAGGCAAAGUACUCUGGACGCGUCGGCAUUCCCCAUCACUUUAAUCUCUAGUAGUAUUCAACUUUCCAUCAACAGUCUCAGCAAUACCGCACUUUGGACAGCAGCGACACCUCACCCAAAACCCUGACCGCCUUUUGAUAACUCGACACCCUCACCAUGGUCAAAUUCUAUCCCUCCCUCACGCAGGAACAUAUCGACUUCAUCACGAAACAGCCUCUCUUCUUUGUCGCCAGCGCGCCGUGGGCUGGUGAGCACGUCAACAUAUCACCCAAAGGACACCCAUCGAAAUCGUUUGCCGUUCUAGGACCCAACACGAUAGCCUACCUCGACGCUACAGGCAGUGGCUGCGAGACCAUUUCACAUGUGUACGAAAAUGGCCGUGUGACGGUCAUGUUUUCCUCGUUUGGUCCUUCACCACAGAUUAUGCGGCUGUUCUGCAAGGGCAAAGUGGUGGAGAAGUGGGAUCAAUACUUUAGCCAAAUCCGAGCAAAGAUGUCGACAGAAAAUGGAGAUGAUGUCGAUAUCGCUGGUGUAAGAGCGGUGAUUGUGCUUAAGAUACAAACAGUGCAGACGAGCUGUGGUUUCGGAGUGCCGCAAAUCGCCAAUGCAAAGACUGAUGGCACGGAUGCUGUCGGCGACGCUAUUACUUUUGCUGAUCAUGAGCCUGAUAGGGAUGAUGGGCACGGCUUCAAGCCCCGGGACACGAUGGAAGGCUGGGCUCGCAAGAUGAUAGAGAAACGAGAACUGGGUGACUACCAAAAGCAGUUCAACCAUCGAUCUCUGGAUGGCCUUCCUGGGCUGAUGAGCGUACGACGUGCAUACGAUGAAAACAUUGCUGUCGAAGACACAAAGGCGUGGCUCAGGAAAGUCAGUAGGCAGGGGGAUGCCGUGGCUUUGGGUGUUGGCCUGGGUGUCUUGCUUAUGAUUGUGCUAAGUCUGAUUGGCAUCUUGAGCAUCAAGCCCAUAUUUCUCCAGCGGAUACUGAAUUUCCAGCAAAGGCAGAUGGGUAUACCGGAGGAUCACUCUUGGAAGAGCGAGCUUUGAGGCGGUCGAUGCGAGGCUAUUCUGUAAGAAUACCGCUUUAUUUAGUGUUCAACGUCGCCUUAUCCAAAGUAUUUGUUUUAAUGCCAUGCAAAUGAGUAGAAGUAGUUAUGGGCAACACGGUGAAACCUGUGGAUGAAAUGGUGUGGAUACGUACACAUGUACAUGAAUGUAAGUACAUACAUAACUACUACUGAGAUAUAUG